GUUGAACUGAUUCUACAAGCGCUGGAGUAUGAAAUAGAACAUGGAAAAGUGUUGGAUGAAUUUUUCCUUUCAACCGCAGGGAAGUUUCAAACUGAAAUAGGAAAAAGUUGGGCAGCUGAGAUCAUUUCAAGAAGAAAAUCUUUAACAGCAGAAAGGCUCCGUUGA